GAAGUUUAAACUGAAUAUCAUUUAUGUUGCAAGCUAUUGAAAGAAACGCAAAAGAAGUAAUUUAGAUGUGUCUGACGAUUUUGUAAAACAAUAUUCAAACGACAAUAUGGCAUGCAAUAUCUGUAAAAAAGAAAAACUCUCCAGCGAGUUCCCGCCCUUCAAUGCAACAGAAGUGUGUGAUCAUCCGUGCCUUACCUGCUUAAGGUGUUUAGUUAACUACGUUGCUAAAAAUGAAGUUUGUCCACAUCCUGGGUGCAAUAAAGAAGUUAAAAGAACAUCCGAGACCAUCAGUCUUUUUCAAGAAAUUUUAGACGAUAUGUUUACCGAGUAUGACACGGAAUACACACCACAAGUUGACUUGUCAGAUGGAAAAUCUUUUAUAAACGUUACAGGAUUGACCGGAUCGUCAAUAACAAUAGCUUUCUCACCACAAAUGACCGUUUUAGACCUGAAACGGAAAAUUCAGACUCAACUUGGUCACACACCAAGCAAACAAAGGCUCUUGUACAAAGACAAAGAAAUGGAAACAUAUGACAAAAACAGAUGUCUUAAAAGCUUAUUAGAUUAUGGAGUUGAAGCAAACACUGCAGUAUGCCUGGUGAUAUGCCUGUAUGCCAUACCCGACAAUUUUGACCACGUGGUUUUUGACCUGUUUUGGGGAUUUCCAGUAAAUGGUGUAGAUUUUUUAGAUGCAUCGUGCCUAUUGUUUAGUGGUACUAAUUUUGUCGAAGUCGUCGAUUACUGCCAUGGUCUUGCAACAAAUAAAGCUUUAAAUCAUUCUGGUGACAUCAUGGAUCACAAAGCAAGUCGAGGACACCACGUCAUUGAUGUUUAUUUACAGAAGAUCCCUAAACAAAUAACACAUUUAUUUUUUACACUGAGCGCUUUUGGUUCACCAAACAUUUCAAAAUAUCGCAGUCCAAGUCUCCGUUUUUAUGAAGCAUCAGAACCAAAUACAGAUUUGUGCACGACAACGUUUACACACGCAAAUUACUCCCAAGCCGUAGUGAUGUGUUCAAUGUCCAAUGCUCGAGGGUCUUGGGAGAUAUUCGAUUCUGGAAAGCUAUCGCCAGGAAAUGCAAUGGACUAUAAACCUUUGCAAGCCACCAUCAAGCAACUGGUUUCAUCUGGCUACUAAUACAUAUAAAUCAUAUUAUCUUAUAUCCUACAACUUAAGGAUAGCCAGUAUUAAAAGCAAUAUCAUUUAAUGUUUCAACAUUUUUCUGAUGAAAUAAAGUAAACAAUGCACUAUCAGCAUUUUUUGUUUAAUCAUUAAUUUUUUUAAAAGUGAUUGUUCUUCUACUUAUUUUAAUUCUUUUGAACUAAAUACUUAUAUAUACAUGUAUGUUUAUUUGUAAUGGUAUGACAUAUCAAGUGUUCACAAAACUAUAUGAAAGUUUGAUACACCAAAUAUUGCUAUAUUGCUCGGCAAUAAAGGGACUUAUUGGUAACGUUCAAAACUAGUAAAAUAUUCCUUGGAGGGAUUUGAUUUACAAGCAAUACUGCAGUGCAUUGGGAUUAAGGAUGGAUAUCAUAUUUUGCUCAGCAGAAACUUGAAGUGUUCAGAUUUUACUAUAAGCUUAAAAACACAGUUAGUCUUCGCAUUUUGUUUAUGGUCGAGACGAAAAUGUAGAUCCUGGAACUUUUUAAAAAUGUGGAAAAUUAUUUCGCAAUAUGUCAGUAGAAAACUAAAUGCAGCCAGGAAUCAGCAAAGAACUGUUUUUUUUAAAGUAAUUAAAAGUAAAAUACGAAUUAGUGAUGAACAGUCAUGGUUUAUCAAAUUUUGGAAUGGUACAAUUCGAAUGUAAAUAGUUAUGACUUCAUAAACUUUGCAAGUAGAACAAUCUUCUGAACUCCUAUGUUGUUAACUUUAUGGCACGCCACCUACAUAGAUAUUUUGGUAAACAUAGAUGUGGAACUUAACACUAAAGGAAUACAUUUGUCCAUUUUGUCAUAAUCUAGUUAAAGAUGAGAUACAUACACGUUUAGGAUUAAUCGUGACAUUUACAGUGUCUUGAGGUUUAUCAUCAGAGCUAUGGUUGUCAAUAAUUCAUUUUUUCACAAAAAUGUACCCAGAUCAAAUGAAGUAAAUACAAUUAUGAGUAUAUUUUACAUAAAAAAUGCUAUUAAUUAUAUAUAAUCUAUGUCUACAUUGGUAAUUUGUAAAAAAAAAAUAAGAUUUUUUUGUGUGUAUUUUUUGUGUGUGUGGUAAAUAUAACAAUUGUCACAAAGUGCGUUAUUAAUGGGUGCAUUUAAUUCUAAUUGUUAAUAGAGUAAAGCAUUGUAAUAUGUUUGAUACCUUCAAAAGUUAUCGAUAAGGUUAUACAAUACUUAACGGAGGAAAAAUGAAAUAAAAUAAUCAAAUAAAUCAA